GUCUGUAAAAUAGUAUUUAAUAGUGAAAUAUUUUUAUUAAACCUGCUAAAAUAGUAUUUUAUUUAUGUAAUUAAUUAUUAAAAUCAAAAAUUCUUCACAAAUGACUACAUAAAAGGGACAAUUAUUAAAUUUUAAAAAUGAAUCGAAAUUGUUUGAUUUUUGUAAUAAUCGUCUCGAUUGGUGCGACUUGUAGAGCCUGGUCUCAGGAAGACAAAUUUGAUUCUAAUACUCAUUCUGCUUCCUCGACCAUCGAAGAUAAAAUUUCAGUUCGAGACACGGAUCAAAUUAAGGUGACCGCGAAACCACUUCAGGUCAGGGUGGAUGAGGAGCCGGAAAGUGAAUCGAGAAAUCAGAAAAAUACGAGAACUUCUACUCUGCAGCCUAUCGAUAAUAAAGGUCCCAGUUGCUGUAGUCAAAAUCUCGGCAACGUCUUGUCCAGAUCUGAAUCCAAUACCUGGAAAAUUAAUUCAGAUAAUGAACGGGACAAGAAUCAACGAUAUGGACAUUAUCAAGAUGAAAGAAGGUACGGAUGGCAGAGUUCGAGUUACCCCACAGGACCCGGAGAUAAUAGCGGAAGGCACGGGAAUUACGAAAGACCUUACGCCGGAAGUCAAACCACUUCAGACAGAUACCAACGCCCCCCUUAUGGUAGCGACAUUUACAACCAAGGAGGCGACAAAGCCAAUUUGAAUUUUGGUGGAUCUGGAGUAGGCAACAAGUUUCCUGGAUUGAGUGGAUCGAGUAUUUUGAACAAAUUUGGGGCAAUUGGUAAUAAAUUCAGCGCAUUGGGUAACAAAUUCAGUGCGUUGGGUAACAAAUACCCUAAUACGGGUGAUAAAUAUGGUGGAGUUAAUUACGGAGAAACCGAAUAUGGAAGACCAGGAUAUUAUGGAUCUUCAGCUGGUUACGGAGAUGGUCAUGAAUUUGGUACUCAAGAGUCUGCAUUUGGAGAGGGAUCGGUUCCUGCUACUAAUCAUUUAGCUACCCAACAGGCUGUUGCUUUAAAAGCCCUCGCGGGUGUAGCUUUGAUCGGCGCUGCUGCAGCUUUAGCAACAAAUCCCGUCCUUCUACCUAUAGGCGUCCUCUCCGGUAGAAAAAAACGCGAUGUCAAUGAUCAUUUGGAUAAAGAAAGUACCGAUUUUCCUCUCAGAGUAUUGAAGAAUUACGUUUCGAAGAAUACUGACCAAAACUUUGGAUCAAAACUUGCAAUCACUCCAAAUUGUGUUGCUAGACUGGCUUGCGAAGUGCAAAAAGAUUACAUUACUGAUUUGAAAAAUCACGAAGAUAUCUUGAAAGAAGACAAAAGCACCUUUCACAGUUUGGAACACUGGUUUAUGAACCUAGUCCAGAAAAAUAUUCUCGAUGCUGACUACGUAGAUGGAAAUAUGAAAAAGUUGAUUAAGCUGGCCACCCUCGUUGGUUCAGAAGGGCGGAAUUGUGCAGUAUUUACAUGCAGCCUUUUAGCAAAAUAGAGAUUUUUAUAUCAAAGAAAAAGUGUUCUUUUUUGUGACAAGGAAUAUUUUUUUAAACGUACAUAUUUAGAAAAGAUUUUUGCCUCAUUGAAAACUUUAAAAAUUUUCUCUCCCAAUCUGUUCAAACGUAUACAUUUUACAACAAAAAUAUUCAUGUCUUUUUGUGUACUACUUCG